ACAUUGUUGAAUAUUGAUAUGCUGCAACUACAGAACUCUCAUCUCAGGUUUUCUACACACUUUUCUGUUAAUUGAGGUAGCUGUCGCAAAGACGUAGGCUUUCUGCUACAUAUUGAAGUCCCCAUCAGGUAUUCCAAUUCUCCGAAUAAACAUUGCGCUUUGCACAACAUGGGUGCAAAUCAAAGCGAACAGCAAGUGUCAAGGUACUACGAUGCCCCGAUCGAGGCGACGACUGGUCCAACGCCUGCAGCUGCGGCAGCAGAAGGAGGUAGCAUACCGUAUACGUUCUACUCUGUGGACAGGAACGUCCCAGCUCCCCCGAAAGAUACUCGAGUGCAGGUCUUGGCCAAACAGCAGCAAGGAAGGUCGUCACCAACAAAGGGCUCCCCACAAAGAAGCCCAAAGCUCGGGUCAGCGGACCACAAGAUUGUGACUGUGUCUUCGGGUAAUCAAGGAGCGGACCAGUCCUUGUCUUUUGAGAUCCAGAAGAUGAGAGAUAUCCCAACAUUCUUACCCAUCCUGAAGGGCACUCACAACAUUCCACAGGUUGAGGAUCCCCAGCAGAUGGAGAAAAUGGACCAUAGGCAACUGCUCCUGUUAUGUUUACGCUACCAACAUCAUCUGAGGCAAUGUUCAGAAGCAGUGACCUUUGACCAGAAUGCUCUGACAGGAAGAAUCAAAGAGGUCGAUGCCAUCAUACACAGUAUAAUGCAGUCGAUGGCGGAGCGUCAGAAGCGCUUUGCUAAGCACGCCGAACAGAUACAGAAGAUCAACGAGAUGUCAAGUACCUUGAAACGCGUUCAGAUGAAUGUUGACCAGCUAAUCCCCCUCAUGGAUCGUCUGAACAGUGUCUUGCCAGAUACAGAGAGACUAGAGCCGUUUACGAUGCGCCCUACAGGGCCAAGGACUUGAUCAGCUGAUCUCACAAAUAGAUCGUCUGAACAGUAUCUUGCCAGAUACAUAGAGAUGAAAGCCAUUGAAGAUGUUAGCCAGCUAGCUAAUUGCGCUUGUGGAUCGUCUGAACACAAUCUGGCUAGAAAUGAACAGGCUAGAGCCUUUUACGAUGCGCCCUGCAGGGACAAGGACUUUAUAAGCUAAAUGUAAUCUUGCCAGAUACUGUACAUAGAGAAUAAAACCCUUGAAGAUGCAACCCACAGGGUCUUCGACUUGAUCAACUCAUUGCCAUACGCAUAAAUUUUUCGCUGGGGGCAGCACACGUAAACUUUUUCUAAAAAACCUCAUAAGUGAGAGAGCGAAGCGACUGAGCUUGACUUUGGGGCACUUUUGCAUAUUGUCAAGUUAAAUUGAAUGAUUUGGCGCAUACUUUUUGUGAAAAUUUUUAGUAAAAAUGUAAAUUUUCAAAAUUCCCCCCCCCCCACCCCGCUGCAUACGGCCAUGAAUCAUCAGCCACAUGUAGUGAAGGUAAUCUCGCUUGUGGAUUAUCUGAACACCGUCAUGCUAGAAACAGAGAGGCUAGAGCCUUUUACAAUCCACCUCUUUGGGCUUAGGACUUGAUCAGCUAAUCUUGCUCAUGAAUUGGCCGAACAGUGUCUUGCCAGAUACAGAGAGAUUAAGAGGCUUUUUCUAUUUUACGACUUGAUCAGAUUUACAGCACACCCUGUUGGGACUAAGACUUGACUUGAUCAGCUAAUCUCAUUCAUGAAACGUUUCUUGCCAGAUACAGAGAAAUUACAGGCUUUCAUGAUGCAUCGUGGGACUUGAUCAACUAGUCUUGUGUUGUAUGCAAUCUAUGAAUUUCAUGAAAACAUCCAUGCGAUACAUGAUCAUCAUUCCAUUCACAAAAUUAGUAGAAACCUUGAGGGAGGGAGGGGGGGGUGAGUGUCACUUCCAUUAAAGAGUGGACAGCAUCCACAAGAAUCGUGCUGAGUAAAGCACAAUAAACUUAAAAGAAGGAUUCAAGGGCAGACCGCGAGGACACCCUAAACACAGACUUUGUGAAGGUGUCCCAAAGUUGCACACUCUAAACUGGGAUUUCAUUUAUUGUUUGCGAGGUUGACGCAAAUUACAUAGUUACCCUUUUGCGUUUUGUUCUUUUAUUGUGAUUUAGGAGGCCUUUUUUCUCAUUUUCAGCUUUUUGUCACUCUUUAAGUUCUGUACUCUACCGGCCAAAAACACCCUUGCUCCCCUUUUAUUUUGUUCUCCCAGAGUCCCAGACGCUGUCCACUCUCCAAUGACAUUAACCCCCCCCGAGCAAAAAUCAAUCAAAUUUCACUUUUGAACAGUCACAGUCUACCCAACCUGAGCAAAUGCACUAUUAGUCUGAUACAUUGGACAGAUAUAAAUUGGUAGGAGUCCUUUAUAUUAUAUAGAAACAUGAAUGUGGUAGUCUGAUCUGAACCUUCAAACACUUGAUUUUUAUAACAAAUAGGAUAUGUGUUGUCCCUUAGACCUGGGCCCCAUCUUACAAAGAGUUGAGAUUGAUCCGAUCAAUCACAACUAUGGACGGCCAGCAAAGUCAACAUCCAUUAUGCAUGUUUGUUCAAAAUAUUUUCUAGCUGUGAUGUAUAUUCAUGCAUUCAUUGUUUUCUUGAAAAUUUGCUGUGCUUCUCUUUGUUUACAAAAAACAUUUUGCAAAUUUCCUGUAGAAAAAAGUUAUGACACUGAUGGAUUUCCAUAGAGUUACAAUUGAUUGGAUCAACUCUUGCUGGAAUGUCAACUACGACAACAGUGAAUAUACUGCUUCCUUAUUGGCUCUUCCAAUGAUAGUUGACAUUCUUGCAAGAGUUUCUAUCAUAUCAACUUUUAAUGAAAUGGGGCCCACUGGCCUGUCUGACAAAGAAUUGCGAUUAAUCCAAUCAAUCACAAUUAUGGAAGGCCAGCAACAUCAACAUCUAAAAUACAAGUUUGUUCAAAGUAUUUUCUAAAAAUGACGUAUAUUUAUACAUUCACUGUUUUCUUGAAAAUUCAGCAUGAUUAUCUUUGUUUUUAAAGGAUAUUGAGCAAAUUUCCUAAAGAAAAAUUAUGACAGUGAUGAAUUUCCAUGUAUUUGAGAUUGAUUGGAUCAAUCUUAACUCUUAAAGACGGGUGUCCAAGAGGGCUUUUCAUGAAAGUUGUCAGCACUGACAGCAUUGUCAGUGCUGACUUUUUCAGUGAAAUCCUUGGUUUUGAUUGGCUGAGAGGCACUGGCCUUGGACUGUUUCUAUGGUAACUGUCGGAUAAAGACAACUUGACAACUUUCAUGAAGCGGUCCCCAGAUAGAGUUCAUACAGGUACACUCUAAAAAAAUCAGUCAAAAAUGACUAGUUGAUAGGGUCAGCUGGGUGCAACUGUUAUUCUAGACAUAUUUGACUAUUUUCUAAUUGUAUUUUACCAGAACAGAGUUAUUUCUAACUAGAAUAUAUGUCAGAAAUGUGACUAGCAUAUCAGUUGCACCCAGCUGACUACUUGUCUAGUUAAUUUGACUGAUUUGUUUUAAGAGUGUACAUGUAUGCGAAUAACUUUUCUUUUGCAAAAGAAGAAUAUUAUAAUUUGUAAAACCUGUAGGCAUUGCAAAUGCCAACAGAUUAAUGUAGUACAUGUAUAAUUUUUUUUUAAAUGUUACAAUAAGAGUAUUAUAGAAUCAAUGAUAGUAAAUAAAGAGGCUUUAAUAUACUAUUUAUUGUGCAUGGUGGACUGCAUUUGUAUAUUAAUGAGUCAGAAAGAAGAGGAUUGAGGGUAUUUGAAUUCCAGUUCAUCGUGACUUAGCCGUGAACCAGAAUAGCCUGGUGGUUAAGUCGCUGCCCGGCAAGCAGUAGAUCAGGUUCGAAUCCCACUGGUUCCAAUUUUUUCUGACUUAUCAUUUUCAUACAGAUCAUGUAUGCGAUCUUAAACAUAUAGGAGUAAUGCUGAUAAUUUGUUUACAAAUUAAGAAUCAAUGAUAUUGUAAAGAAUUGUUUGAAGUAUUUAUAAUUAUAUGUAAAUUUGUGUACCAAGAUAUAUUGUAUUUAAAAAAUAUAUAUGAAUUGUAUUACAAUAUAAUAUAGUGUAAAAUGUUAACGUGAGUCUGGGUUUUACAUUGGAAUUUUGUUUGUAUAUUUGAAAUUGUUAUUAAUGGCAACAAGGGAUAUAUGCCAAGUGUACAUGCUUUAGGGAAAGUCUACCUCAGCAUCAGCCUUUAACUAAAAUUACCCCCCCCCCCCAUAAAUCUUAUUAAAUAGAUGAAUAGAUAAAAUAAAUAAAUGAAUGUAUAAGUAAAUAAUGAUAAUGAUGAUGAUGAUGAUAAUGAUAAGGAUAAUGAAAGAAACCUAUAGUCAAUGAAAACUGGAUAUUUAAAAAAUCCAUUAAAAUAUAUGUAUUUUUUUGUUAACAUUUUGGGGGUCAUGUGACUUGGGAGCCAUUCUCCUUUAUGUCAUGUAUUAUGGAUUCCGUAAAUGGAAACAUUUAUUAUGAUUGUGAAUAGCUCAUUAGAUCUUUUUCAAAAAAAUGUGCACAUGAAUAAUGUAUCUAUUCUACACUGGUUUCCAGAUUGGGGGGGGGGCCUGGGCAUGCCCCUUUUAAAAGGUUCAUGCCAAGAAAAAAAAGGAGAAAAGGAAACAAUAAGGAAAGAAAAGAGGGUGAACUAUGAUAACAUUUUGUGGAUGUUGUGUCAAAAUCUUUCGUAAAAUUAGAUUUUCAUAUUAAAAAUGUCACUGUUUCCUCACUUGCUUCACUCUCUUGCAGCUUGUCAGAAAUAUUGUUCCAUGUAGCAUAUAUUGUCCCCUCAAUAUUGUUGACACACAAUGCUACUUCUGUGCUAUGUUCAAAGUUGUGACCAGAUUCCCAAAUUGAAUGUCUAAAAGAGAUCUUUGAUUAUGGAUAUAUCAACAUUUACUUUUUAA